CAAAUAAAUAAAUAAAAUCUUUAAAAAAAAACAAAAAAACUUAAUUUAUCUCCAGUUAUUUAGGUAGGUGGCACAUUUCAUUCCCAUACAGAAGUGCUGCUUUAAUCCCAUGCCUAGCUGGAGCCAGUACUGAGGUGAUUCCCACUUGUUCGGCCUUUGAAAUAUUUUUGUUCUUUUGGAAUGGCUUUGCUUUUUCAGCUUUGACUUUGUUACAGUAUCUGUACAGAAAAUGAGUCAAUAUUAUUUUUCCCUUAGGGUGGGUGGUUAUAUCGAACACACCAAGAGUGGGGUUCCUAAUUAAGGCUGAUGGAUGACCUACCUCAAACGAUGUUUGAGACUCAAGACCAUAAGAUAUCUCUUUGAAAGGAAGAUCAUAGGGACCUCAGCAAAGAAGACUUCCAAUUAUCAGAAAUAGGCACCAUUUCCCCACAAGGUUUCCAGAAGUAAGGAUGAAGAGAAGAAAGUGACAAGAAAGAGGAGAAAGUUCCUGAGACAUAAUUACAGGGGAGAAGAUAGAAGACAUACCAAAGGAAGUCCUGAUGGACUGUGCCCAUCUUGUGAAGGCCAAUAGCAUUCAAGGCUGCAAGAUGAACAACGUUAAUGUGGUAUAUACACCGUGGUCUAACCUGAAGAAAACAGCCGACAUGGAUGUGGGACAGAUAGGCUUUCACAGGCAGAAGGAUGUGAAAAUUGUGACCGUGGAGAAGAAAGUGAAUGAGAUCCUGAACCGAUUAGAAAAGACCAAAAUGGAGCGGUUCCCAGACCUCGCGGCAGAGAAGGAAUGCAGAGACCGAGAAGAGAGGAAUGAGAAAAAAGCCCAAAUUCAGGAAAUGAAAAGGAGAGAGAAGGAAGAGAUGAAGAAGAAGCGGGAAAUGGACGAACUUAGACACAAAUUUUUGUCCUAUAUCAUUCUGGCCCAUAAAUACCAAAAGGAAAAUGUAAGUGGAAUAAAUGGGAAAAUCACUUUUCUACUGCUGAAGCUGGGAGGGUGA